CAGACUGAGAACUAUCGAUAACCAUUCACCGUCACGCAAGAGCUGCGGCUCAGAUCCGGCUCCUUUCAGGAACAACGCCGUUCGUCUACAGAAAGGAAGCGAUCACAGCUGGGCGUAGCCUACACUUGUUACCCGGAGCUAAGGCAUGGCUGCCCAGUGUGUCACCAAGGUGGAGCUCACCGUGUCCUGCGAGAACCUCCUGGACAAAGACAUCGGCUCCAAGUCGGACCCCCUGUGUGUGCUCUUAAUGUGCAGCUCUGAAUCCCAGUGGUAUGAGGUGGGGCGCACGGAGAAGGUCCAGAAUUGCCUCAGUCCAAAGUUUGCCCAGAAAUUCGUCAUCGACUACUACUUUGAAAUCGUCCAGAAGCUGAAGUUUGGGAUUUAUGACAUCGACAACAAAACGGUUGACCUGAAUGAUGAUGACUUUCUGGGGGAGCUGGAGUGCACCCUGGGCCAGGUCGUGUCCAGCAAGAAGCUGACCCGGCCGCUGGCGCUGAAGAACAAGAAGCCAGCUGGAAAGGGGACAAUCACUAUCAGUGCAGAGGAAAUCAAAGACAACCGCGUGGUCAAUUUUGAGGUGGGGGCAAGAAAGCUGGACAACAAGGACUUUUUCGGGAAGUCUGAUCCCUAUUUGGAGUUUUACAGGCAGACAGAAAGUGGAUGGCAGCUGGCGCACAGGACAGAGGUGGUGAACAAUAACUUGAACCCAUCAUGGAAGCCGUUUCGAAUCCCCCUGCAGUCUCUGUGUGGAGGCGACAUGGACAAAUCCAUUAAAGUCGAGUGCUACGACUACGACGACGACGGCUCCCACGACCUCAUCGGUUCCUUCGAGACCACAAUGAAGCGGCUCCAGGACGCAUCGCGGACCUCUCCGGCAGAGUUUGAGUGCAUCAACAGCAAAAAGAAGCAGAAGAAGAAAGGCUACAAGAACUCUGGCGUUGUGUGCGUCAAGCUUUGCCAGGUGGUAAAGGAGUAUACCUUCCUGGAUUAUAUAAUGGGGGGCUGUCAGAUCAACUUCACGGUGGCCGUCGACUUCACCGGCUCCAACGGGGAUCCCAGGUCGCCCGAUUCCCUGCAUUACAUCAGUCCUCAGGGCGUUAACGAGUACCUCUCUGCCAUUUGGUCUGUGGGCAACGUCGUUCAAGACUACGAUAGUGAUAAGAUGUUCCCUGCUUUUGGCUUUGGAGCUCAGAUUCCACCCACGUGGCAGGUUUCCCACGAGUUUCCUCUCAACUUCAACCCGACCAGUCCGUUUUGUGCCGGUAUCGAAGGGGUGGUGGAGGCCUACAGGGUGUGUCUCCCCCAGGUCAAACUCUACGGUCCCACCAACUUCUCCCCUAUCAUCAACCACGUCGCCUGUUUCGCCAAGCAAGCCCUCCAGCAGACCACCGCCUCGCAAUACUACGUCCUGCUGAUCAUCACCGACGGAGUCAUCACCGACAUGGACGCAACGCGCGACGCCAUCGUCAACGCCUCCCGGCUGCCCAUGUCCAUCAUCAUCGUCGGGGUGGGGGCGGCGGACUUCAGCGCCAUGGAGUUCCUGGACGGGGACGACGGCCAUCUGAGCUCUCGAGCGGGCGAGGCCGCCCUGAGAGACAUCGUCCAGUUUGUUCCCUUCAGGCAGUUCCAGAACGCUCCUCGCGAAGCCCUGGCCAAGAGCGUGCUGGCUGAAGUACCCUCUCAGCUUAUGGACUUUUUCCGCACCAUGAAGCUAAACCCACCAAACCCAAGUCCUGCACCAAACGCAGCUGGCACCCCGUGAUGCCACGCUACCAGACGGACUCCGCUUUCACCUCCUGCACACCGGGAUAGGAGUCCCGCUUCAUCUCGUCGUGGAUUUAGACAGAACCAGCUCAUCUCGGCCAGCCCGUCCUAACAGCCCCAUUACCUGGUCUGCAUGCACCAGUCUGAUCGAGCCAGGUCUAGAUAACAUCCAGGUCUGCUGCUGCAGCCGCUGCUUUCUAAGUAAAAACAAAAGUAUCAUUCCAACGUUUGUGCAGAACAGUGCACUUUAAAUCAGCGUUAAUAUAUCCUUGCAGUAAACAGGAUGUAGUCAAAAUUGGAUUAUAUCUCUAGAAGUUAUUAAGUUGUAGUUCUAAGUUUCCUGUUUAUUUUUGUGUAGGAUCUGAGUUUGCAUGUUAACAUACAGUAUAUUUACAUAUAGCAUUUACAUACACAUGACCUUUAGUGGCGUCCCAUUCCCC